GCAUGGCUGCCCUGCAAGCCGACCGUGCAGAAGAACAUGUUCUGAGCGGGUCCUUGGUGAACCUCUACCACGCCGAAGCCCGUGCAGCGGAGCUCAACUCCGUGCUCCGCGUCCUCGUUCUGCUGCCCCUGCUGCGCGGGGGCAACCACGGCAUCCUGGCGGCUCGCAUCGCUUCCUAUGCUGUCCUGCUGCCGGCGCGGCCAACAUCUGCCCCAGUUUGGGAGCCGAUCCGCUGGCCCGGCCUGCGCUUUCUGCGCGCGCCACCA